AUGGGACCUGCAAUAUUCACUGCGGUGAUUUUGGUUAUUGUCCCCGUUUUGCAAGUGGGUCACCAUUAUCGUGUAUUCUUCUUAUUCUCUUUCACUCCCACUUGUCUUCUCAUUCUCUUUCACUCCCACUUGUCUUCUCAUUCUCUUUCACUCCCACUUGUCUUCUUAUUCUCUUUCACUCCCACUUGUCUUCUCAUUCUCUUUCACUUUCUACUUGUCUUCUUCUUCUCUUCACCUUCCACUUGUCUUCUGAUUCUCUUUCACUCCCACUUGUCUUCUUAUUCUCUUUCCUCCCCCACUUGUCUUCUGAUUCUCUUUCACUCCCACUUGUCUUCUGAUUCUCUUUCACUCCCACUUGUCUUCUCAUUCUCUUUCACUCCCACUUGUCUUCUUAUUCUUUUUCACUUCUACUUGUCUUCUUAUUCUCUUUCACUUCCACUUGUCUUCUCAUUCUCUUUCACUCCCACUUGUCUUCUCAUUCUCUUUCACUCCCACUUGUCUUCUCAUUCUCUUUCACUCCCACUUGUCUUCUCAUUCUCUUUCACUCCCACUUGUCUUCUUAUUCUCUUUCACUUCUACUUGUCUUCUCAUUCUCUUUCACUCCCACUUGUCUUCUCAUUCUCUUUCACUCCCACUUGUCUUCUCAUUCUCUUUCACUCCCACUUGUCUUCUCAUUCUCUUUCACUUCUACUUGUCUUCUUAUUCUCUUUCACUCCCACUUGUCAUCUCAUUCUCUUUCACUCCCACUUGUCAUCUCAUUCUCUUUCACUCCCACUUGUCUUCUCAUUCUCUUUCACUCCCACUUGUCUUCUGAUUCUCUUUCCUUCCCACUUGUCUUCUCAUUCUCUUUCUCCCACUUUCUCCCUUGUCUUCUCAUUCUCUUUCACUCCCACUUGUCUUCUCAUUCUCUUUCCUACUUGCUUCUUGUCUUCUUAUUCUCUUUCCUCCCACUUGUCUUCUCAUUCUCUUUCCUCCCACUUGUCUUCUUAUUCUCUUUCCCCACUUGUCUUCUCAUUCUCUUUCACUCCCACUUGUCUUCUCAUUCUCUUUCACUCCCCACUUGUCUUCUCAUUCUCUUUCCUUUUGUCUUCUCAUUCUCUUUCACUUCCACUUGUCUUCUCAUUCUCUUUCCUCCCACUUGUCUUCUCAUUCUCUUUCCUCCACUUGUCUUCUCAUUCUCUUUCACUCCCACUUGUCUUCUUAUUCUCUUUCACUCCCACUUGUCUUCUCAUUCUCUUUCACUCCCACUUGUCUUCUCAUUCUCUUUCACUCCCACUUUCCCACUUGUCUUCUCAUUCUCUUUCCCACUUGUCUUCUUAUUCUCUUUCACUUGUCUUCUUAUUCUCUUUCACUCCCACUUGUCUUCUCAUUCUCUUUCACUCCCACUUGUCUUCUCAUUCUCUUUCACUUCUACUUGUCUUCUCAUUCUCUUUCACUCCCACUUGUCUUCUUAUUCUCUUUCACUCCCACUUGUCUUCUUAUUCUCUUUCACUCCCACUUGUCUUCUUAUUCUCUUUCCCCUUGUCUUGUCUUCUUAUUCUCUUUCACUUCUACUUGUCUUCUCAUUCUCUUUCACUCCCACUUGUCUUCUUAUUCUCUUUCACUCCCACUUGUCUUCUUAUUCUCUUUCACUCCCACUUGUCUUCUUAUUCUCUUUCACUCCCACUUGUCUUCUCAUUCUCUUUCACUCCCACUUGUCUUCUCAUUCUCUUUCACUCCCACUUGUCUUCUCAUUCUCUUUCACUCCCACUUGUCUUCUUAUUCUCUUUCACUCCCACUUGUCUUCUCAUUCUCUUUCCUCCCCACUUGUCCCCCUUUCCCACUUGUCUUCUCAUUCUCUUUCCUCCCACUUGUCUUCUCAUUCUUCACUUUCCUCCCACUAGUCUUCUUAUUCUCUUUCCUCCCUUGUCUUGUUCCUCAUUCUCUUUCCUCCCCCACUUGUCUUCUCAUUCUCUUUCCCCACUUGUCUUCUUAUUCUCUUUUCCCACUCCCACUUGUCUUCUCAUUCUCUUUCCACUCUUCACUUGUCUUCUCAUUCUCUUUCCUCCCACUUGUCUUCUCAUUCUCUUUCACUCCCCUUGUCUUCUCAUUCUCUUUCCAUCCCACUUGUCUUCUCAUUCUCUUUCAAUCCCACUUGUCUUCUCAUUCUCUUUCCUCCCUUGUCUUCUCAAUCUCUUUCAAUCCACUUGUCUUCUCAUUCUCCCAAUUUCUUCUCAUUCUCUUUCCUUUCUUCUCAUUCUCUUUCCUCCCACUUGUCUUCUCAUUCUCUUUCAAUCCCACUUGUCUUCUCAUUCUCUUUCCUCCCACUUGUCCUCAUUCUCUUUGUCUUCUCCCACUUGUCUUCUUAUUCUCUUUCACUCCCACUUGUCUUCUCAUUCUCUUUCACUCCCACUUGUCUUCUCAUUCUCUUUCACUCCCACUUGUCUUCUCAUUCUCUUUCACUCCCACUUGUCUUCUCAUUCUCUUUCACUUCCACUUGUCUUCUCAUUCUCUUUCACUCCCACUUGUCUUCUCAUUCUCUUUCACUCCCACUUGUCUUCUUAUUCUCUUUCACUCCCACUUGUCUUCUCAUUCUCUUUCCCUCCCCACUUGUCUUCUCAUUCUCUUUCCUCCCACUUGUCUUCUCUUUCUCUUUCUUCUCACUUUUCCCACUUGUCUUCUCAUUUCCUCCCCCUCUUGUCUUCUUAUUCUCUUUCUCCCACUUGUCUUCUCAUUCUCUUUCACUCCCACUUGUCUUCUCAUUCUCUUUCACUCCCACUUGUCUUCUUAUUCUCUUUUCACUCCUCAUUCUCUUUCUUCUCUUUGUCUUCUCAUUCUCUUUUCACUUGUCUUCACUUCUCUUUCUCUCAUUCUCUUCUCAUUCUCCCUCCCUUGUCUUCUUAUUCUUUUCACUCCCUUGUCUUCUCAUUCUCUUUCACUCCCACUUGUCUUCUCAUUCUCUUUCCUCCCACUUGUCUUCUCAUUCUCUUUCUCUUUCAUUCUCCCUCUUUCCCCCUUGUCUUCUCAUUCUCUUUCAAUCCCACUUGUCUUCUCAUUCUCUUUCACUCCCAUUCUUUUCUUCUCAUUCUCUUUCCUCCCACUUGUCUUCUCAUUCUCUUUCACUCCCCUUAUUCUCUUGUCUUCUCAUUCUCUUUCAAUCCCACUUGUCUUCUCAUUCUCUUUCCUCCCACUUGUCUUCUCAUUCUCUUUCAAUCCCUCCCACUUGUCUUCUCAUUCUUCUCAUUUCUUUCACUCCCACUUGUCUUCUCAUUCUCUUUCACUCCCACUUGUCUUCUCAUUCUCUUUCACUCCCUUGUCUUCUCAUUCUCUUCCUCCAUUCUUGUCUUUCAUUCUCUUUUCCCCCUUGUCUUCUCAUUCUUUCCUCCCACUUGUCUUCUCAUUCUCUUUCCUCCCAUUCUUGUCUUCUUAUUCUCUUUCACUCCCACUUGUCUUCUCUCUUUCAUCCUUGUCUUCUCCGUUGUCUUCUCAUUCUCUUUUCACUCCCACUUGUCUUCUUAUUCUUUUCACUCCCACUUGUCUUCUCAUUCUCUUUUUCCUUGUCCACUUGUCUUCUUAUUUUCUUUUCUUCUCACUUGUCUUCUCAUUCUCUUUCACUCCCACUUGUCUUCUUUCUCUUUCCUCCCACUUGUCUUCUCAUUCUCUUUCCUCCCACUUGUCUUCUCAUUCUCUUCUCAUUCUUUCCCCCACUUGUCUUCUCAAUCUCUUUCAAUCCCACUUGUCUUCUCAUUCUCUUUCACUCCCACUUGUCUUCUCAUUCUCUUUCACUCCCACUUGUCUUCUCAUUCUCUUUCACUCCCACUUGUCUUCUCAUUCUCUUUCACUCCCACUUGUCUUCUCAUUCUCUUUCACUCCCACUUGUCUUCUCAUUCUCUUUCCUCCCACUUUCUCUUCUCACUUGUCUUCUCAUUCUCUUUCCUUCUUCUCAUUCUCUUUCACUCCACUUGUCUUCUCAUUCUCUUUCACUCCCACUUGUCUUCUCAUUCUCUUUCAUCAUUCUUUUUCUUAUUCUCCCCACCCAUUUGUCUUCUCAUUCUCUUUCACUCCCACUUGUCUUCUCAUUCUCUUUCACUGCCACUUAUCUUUACGACGAGGAUGCACCAUGAAUGCAGACCCCACCUAUCAUCAUUCCAGUAG